AUGGCAUCGGAUGCGGAGCUGGCCGCUGCGGAGGAGCCGAAGACGGAGCAGCCGGGCACGGAGGAGGAGCCGAAGACGGAGCAGCCGGACGCGGAGGAGGAGCCGAAGACGGAGCAGCCCAAAGCGGACGAACUGAAGGCCGAGGAGGAGCCGCUGAAGGAGGAGCAGCCGGACGUGAAGGCACAGCCGAAGGAGGACGAGAUGGACGGAGAGGAGCCGUCGGAGGAGGACGCGGCGACCGAGUCCGGCGAGAACAAGAUCGUCAUCUCGCUGGGGGAGCUGGUGGAUCUGGCGCUGUGCACGCCCGAGCCGGGGGCGGUGAACUUCAACCUGCUGCGAUCGGUGCUGCACGCGCUGGUGCAGCGACUCGACCUGGUCGACAUCAAGGCCGACAUUUUGGACGAGGACACCAGCCAGGUGUUCGCACAAAUAGUGAGUGACCACGCGGCGCCGCCGCCAGUGGACGGGAAGCUGCCAUCUGUCGUCACCUGCUACGGAAGCCAACUGGAGAACGCCGAGAAGCUGGGCCUGAAAGAUCUGCGGCCACUCACACGCCACAGGACACCCACCGGGGAGCCCGGCGCCGGCCUCAGCUCGUCAGACUCGAUCGGCCUCAGCAGCGGCUCUGACUCGGAGACGGGCGAGAGGCGGCGCCACAGUCGCCGCGGCACGUUGAGCGAGGUGGCCGAGCAGCGGCUGCGCCAGUCUGGCCGCCAGUCGGCCGUCUCCAUCGGCUCGGGUGUCGAGGGCUCGGCAGUGCUUGCCGAUUACACCAGCCUCGACAAGCUGCAGAAGAAGCUGGGAGAGGUGGAGGAGAAGCUGGACGUGCUGGACAUGGCGGAGAUGCUGCCCAAGCUGCGGGAGUUCCAGCAGGCGCUGAGCGGCUCGCAGGAGGAUGUGCAAGGUCUGUGGCAGUCGCUGCAGCUGAUGAAGAAGGUGGACGCUAACGAGGAGGGCAUCGAUAAGCUGACCGGCAUCAUCGAGCACACCAUGAGCAAGCUGAAGAAAGUCAAGAAGCACACGGAUCGACUAGAUAAACAGCUGAGCGAGCUACUCGGAAUGGCGGGCGAGAAGGGUGAAAAACCGGUCUCGCUCGCCGACAUGGAGACCAAGUACGUCGAGAUCAAGAACGUGAUCGCCGGCUUGAUGGGCGUUACGCAGGAGGACGGCAUGCCGGCCGCCUCCUCAGACGACCUGCGCUCGCUCGGCGCCGGCAUCGUCACCUGGAGCGGGCUGGAGGGCGCCCUGGAGGACGUCAAGGGCGACCUCAAGGCCAUGGACCAGCUCAGCGACGAGACUCUGAAGGCGGUGGAGCAGCAGCAGACGGAGGCCCGGCAGCAGGAACUGAUCGAACAGGGUGGCGAUGCGUCGAACAGUGAGACAAAGGCGAAGCGGUUACUGGCCCACCUCAGCGAGCUGCUGGACAAGCAUAAGAUUCUAGAGAAGCGUGUGUCCCAAAUGGAAGCGGCCCUAGGAGACAACUUCUCCGACAAGGUGAUCGAGCAGCUCACCCUGCUGAAGGCUUCCGCCUCCCAGAUCCAGGAGCUGCGUAUGAAGCUCAGCAUGACGGAGAAGGAGCAAAGUGGCGGCUGGAGCGACCUGGACGUCGUGGCCGAAGGCUCGCUGCACCGGCAGGGGAGUAGCAGCCAGGGCAGCUUCGUCGGCCCGUCGCUGUCGCUGAAUCUCACUAGCCUCCGCGAGCCCUCGCAGAUGGACCUCAACCACCUGACCGACUGGCUCAACUAUAACAAGGCGCGCAUGGAGCAGCUGGAGAAGGCGCUCGUCUCCCAGUCGGAGCAGGUGCGGGACUUCGGUGACCGUCUGGGGGACCAGGUCGUCUCGUUCCGUGACAAGCUGGAGCGGGUGGAGCGCGAGCUGGCCGGCAUGCUCGGCCGCCUCUCCUCGGCUGCCAACAAGCCCGGCAUGACGCGCGAGGACGCCGCUGCCUUACACGACGCCUACGCCAAGAUCCAGGCGCUGCAGAUGGACGUCGAGUCGCUCAGCGCCGUCUCCAAGAAGAUCGUCGACGACCGCGGCCAGAUCGACGACGAGCUGGCGAUGCUGAUUCGCGCUCUGGAGGAGCUCAAGGAGUGCAAGGUCGACCGGGCAACGCUGGACGAGCUGAUCGAGACCAAGGCUGACCGGUCCAGCGUCGAGAAGAAGGUCUCCAGCUGGCAGUUCGAGCAGGCGUGCCAGGAGCUCAGCGAAGGCCUCGGCUCCAUGCUGGAGAAGAUGGGCUCACAGGAGACCGAUUGGAUCCGCAGCGUGGACGAGAUCCACGCGACCUGCACAAAAGCUGGACCGCGUGGAGCUUGGCGCCAGCUGCGCCGCUACAUCAACUCCACGGCUCAAGGAACAUCAUGGCCAAGCCUGAACCGGCUGAUCGCACGUCGCUAG